UCUCUCCGGUUGACUUCCUUGUUUUUUGUUUUUUUUACGCCUCAUCACAUUGGCAUGUGUUCCUUCGUGCUCCGCUGAGACAGUCGUGGCUUUAUUUUGAACUCUAACAAAAUAUCUCCAUUGAGGUCAAACCAUCAGUGAGAUGAAAAUCCUCGUCCGGUAGGGAAACUCGCUCAUGUCAAGGGAUAUUGAUCAGUGCGUCCUUGAGGAUCCACCAUGAGUACACCACAUGUUAUUAAGAGACAACUCUCCUUUCCAAACAUGAUGUGCCAACAAUCAGACUACCCUGAUCUUGGUUUUGGGCCUGAACCCAGCUGUGUGUCCUUCAGGAGUAACAUGUCCAUGGCUGAUCCAAUCAUGUUUCAGAAGUCACCCUGCAGUCCAGAGAACAGAAUCCAACAGAAACCAGACACGACUAAACCUGAAUGUGAACCCGGGUAUGAUCUUGAAUCAGAGCCUGACUGUUUGUGCUUCAGGGACGACGAGUCAAAGGCUGAACCUCUCAUGUUUAAUGGCAUAGUCUCAUCCCCGGAACAUCUUAACGGGAGACUGGACUCUGCUAAAUCUGAACCCAGCUGUUGGUCCUUGAAGAGUGACCAGUCAAAGCAACAUUUCCAUGACUUUAAACGACAAGGUUUAACCCACGGAAACACAAGUAAAAUAGUCGACCUGCAGAGCUCAGAUGAUUCUAUUGGCCCGUCUGUGCAGGAGCAUGAAACACACCUAGACUCCAUAUUUAAGAUACUGGAGGAGACCAUGCUCAUCUUUGUGAAGAGUGAGCUGAAGAAAUUCCAGAGAGUUCUGACCUCAAAUUACCCAGAAUUCUCAGAGGAAGAAGAGGUGAUGGAUGGCGAAGAUAAAGAGCAGAAGAGCAAUAUUAGGGAGACGUUUUUGAGGAUGACGGUGGAAUUUCUGAGAAGAAUGAAGCAGGAUGAGUUGGCCAACCAUCUGCAGAGCAAGUCUCCUGCCAUGUGCCAACUCAAUGUAAAAUCAAACCUGAAGAAGAAGUUCCAGUAUGUGUUUGAGGGGAUUUCUAAAGCAGGAAACCCAACCCUUCUAAAUCAGAUCUACACUGAGAUCUACAUCACGGAGGGAGGGACUGGAGAGGUCAAUGAUGAACAUGAGGUCAGACAGAUUGAAACAACAUCCAAGAAAGCAGUGAAACUGGAAACCAAAAUUAGGUGUGAAGACAUCUUUAAAGCCUCACCUGAAAAGAUUAGUCCAAUCAGGACAGUGAUGACGAAGGGCGUGGCUGGCAUUGGGAAAACAGUCCUGACACAGAAGUUCACUCUGGACUGGGCUGAAGACAAAGCCAACAAAGACAUCCAAUUCACAUUUCCGUUCACUUUCAGGGAGCUGAAUGUGCUGAAAGAGAAGAAGUUCAGCUUGGUGGAGCUCAUUCAUUACUUUUUCACUGAAACAAAAGAAGCAGGAAUCUGCAGGUUUGAAGACUUCCAGGUGGUGUUCAUCUUUGACGGUCUGGAUGAGUGCCGACUUCCUCUGGACUUCAACAACAACGAGGUCCUGGCUGAUGUUACUAGGUCUGCUUCAGUUGAUGUGCUGCUGACAAACCUCAUCAAGGGGAAACUGCUUCCAUUUGCCCGUCUCUGGAUAACCACACGGCCUGCAGCAGCCAGUCAGAUCCCUCCUGAAUGUGUGGACAUGCUGACAGAAGUCAGAGGGUUUAAUGAUCCACAGAAGGAGGAGUACUUCCAGAGGAGAUUCAAAGAUGAGAAACAGGCCAACAAAAUCAUCUCCCAUGUCAAGACAUCCCGAAGCCUCCACAUCAUGUGCCACAUCCCAGUCUUCUGCUGGAUCACUGCUACAGUUCUGGAGGAUGUGCUGAGGACCAGAGAGGGGAAAGAGCUGCCCAAGACCCUGACUGAGAUGUACAUCUACUUCCUGGUGGUCCAGACCAAACGGGGAAACAUCAAGUUUGAUGGAGGAGAUGGGACAGAUCUGCACUGGAAUCCACAGAGCAGGGAGAUAAUUGAGUCACUGGGAAAGCUGGCUUUUGAGCAGCUUCAGAAAGGAAACAUUACCUUCUACGAGUCAGACUUGACUGAGUGUGGCAUUGAUAUCAAAGCAGCGUCUUGGUACUCAGGAGUGUUCACACAGAUCUUUAGAGAGGAGAGAGGAUUGUACCAAGACAUGGUGUUCUGCUUCAUCCAUCUGAGUGUUCAGGAGUUUCUGGCUGCUCUUCAUGUCCAUCUGACCUUCACCAACUCUGGAGUCAAUCUGAUGACAGACGACCAGUCAACCUCCUAUGAAUGUACAGUAGCAAAAUUUUACCAGACCGCUGUGGAAAAGGCAUUUAAGAGUCCAACUGGACACCUGGACUUGUUCCUUCGCUUCCUCCUGGGUCUUUCACUGCAGACCAACCAAGUUCUUCUGCGAGGUCUGCUAACCCAAACAGAGAGUAGUUCAGAGACUGAUCAGGACAAAGUCCGGUACAUCAAGAAGAAGAUUGAAGAGAACCCCAGUCCAGAAAAAAGCAUCAAUCUCUUUCACUGUCUGAAUGAGCUAAAGGACCAUUCUUUAGUGGAGGAGAUCCAGCAGUACCUAAGAUCUGGCAGCCUCGCCACUGACCAACUUUCCUCUGCUCAAUGGUCGGCUCUGGUCUUCAUCCUGCUGUCGUCAGAGAAAGAUCUGGAUGUGUUUGAUCUGAAGAAAUACUGUGCUUCAGAGGAGGCUCUUCUGAAGCUGCUGCCAGUGGUCAAAGCAUCCAAGAAAGUCCUGCUAAGUGGCUGUAACCUCUCAGAGAGAAGCUGCGAUGCUCUGUCUUCCAUUCUCAGCACCCAGUCCACAAGUCUGAGAGAGUUGGACCUAAGUAAUAAUGACCUGCAGGAUUCAGGAGUCAAGCUGCUUGCAACUGGCUUGGAGAGCCCACACUGUACACUGGAAACACUCAGGCUCUCAGGCUGUCUGAUCACCAAGGAUGGCUGCUCAUCUCUCGCCACAGCUCUGAAAACCAACCCCUCCCACCUCAGAGAGCUGGAUCUAAGCUACAACCAUCCAAGAGACUCAGGAAUGGCACAGCUUUCUGCUGGACUAGAGGAUCCCCAAUGGAGUCUGGAUACUCUUAUAUUUGACCCAAGUGGAGCCGAGUGGCUGAGACCAGGCCUGAGAAAGUACUUCCAGGAACUCACACUGGAUCCAAACACAGCCCACAAAUUCCUCAAACUCUCUGUAAACAACAGAAAGGUGACCGAUCUGAGGAAGGAGCACCCGUAUCCUGAUCACCCAGAGAGGUUUGACUACUGGCCGCAGGUGCUGAGUGACAGAGGUCUAACCAGCCGCUGUUACUGGGAGGUCGAGUGGGUCGGGAAAGUUUACAUCGCAGUGAGUUACAGAGGAAUUGGAAGAAAUGGAGACAGCGAUGGCUCUAAGUUUGGUGGGAACGAUCGGUCCUGGAGUCUUACCUGCACAGACGGAGGAUACAAUGCCUGGCACGAUAACAGUGGGACACUCAUCCCACUCCCGUCCUCGUCCUCUGUCUCUCACAGAGUGGGAGUUUACUUGGACUAUCCUGCUGGGUUGCUGUCGUUCUACAGGGUCUCUGCUGACACGCUGACCCACCUCCACACCUUCAACACCACGUUCACCGAACCACUUUAUGCUGGCUUUGGUUACGGGGUCAAGUUAAACGCCUCGGCAUAUCUUUGCCCGAUUUAGACUGCCUCUAGGGUAACGUACUUGGGCCAAGUUGGAUGGGAUCUAUUCACAAUUGGGUCUUCAUUUCAGUCAUGAUCUAAACUGUUCUGUUGACUUUUAAUACUGACAACUUUGUUCUUUUAGACUUUUUUUAAAGGUCUAUUUUUGGGCUUAUUGCCUUUACUUUAAAAGGAAAGUGGAUAAUUUUGGAAAUCCUUUUAUUGUAAAAAUGGAGUAUCCAUGAACUUAUUAAAUUAUUAUUAAAUAGCAGUAUUUUUUUCCCUUAAAAUCAAAAGUAAUGCAGAUAUAAAUCUGCAAAUUCAAGCUAUAAUUUAUCUUUACCUCUAUUUAUUUUAAUGAUGCCACUACUUUGUGAUGAAAAUACUAACAUUCUUUAUUAUUGUGUAAAUACAUAUGUAUGCUGUAAUGGUAGGGAAGUGUUAUUGCUAAGGCCACAUUUACACAAAGACGAUCCACCAAUUUACGUUGCAAAAAACCUCCACAGAAUGGACAACAUUUUGAUAAUUACCGCCAUGCUCACAUAUCCACAAAAUAGACUAAAAAUGUUGUAGUAUCCAUGUAAGGCCAAUUGGUGGCACUGUAAUUAAACACAUGGAUGUUUACAUCCUCUUAUUUUUGGAGAGGUGAGAUGUAAAUAUCCAAAAAUAGCAAACACACCCUGGUUGUGAGGACGAACAAUGAGGUGGGGUGCAUGCAAGAGGCAAUGAUGGGAUGUUUUACAGGCUUUAAAGGAUGACUUUAAGGAAUGACAUCUACUUUGAAGGCAAAGAUGGAAUGUUGUUAUGGGCUUUAAAUUAGGGAAUGAACUUAGAGAAAAUGUGGACAAACACAACUUAGGAGUCCUUUUUUGUAGCCCAUUUACACAUGGAUACUGACUAAAACUGUAAUGAGCACGUGCAAAAGACUCAGUUUUAAGAUGAACUGGUUAUUGAAAGUUUAAAAGACAAAAAAGGUGGUACACUUGUCAAAAGUAUGGUUUGGUUAUUUUGCUUCUAAAAGCAUUUUUGGUUGAACUCGUGUAAACGUGGCCUUAUUUUUAAAUGUUGAGUUAAAUAUUAAGUGCCCCCUAGGGGUGAGACUGAGCAACAGCAACACUACAACUAAUUGUUCAUAUUGGUACAAUAACUUAGCUGUAUGCAUGUUACUUUAGAUAAAAGUUAAAUUGUUGCUAAUGUUAGCUGCAAGUGUGUUACAUACACUUCAUCUUAUUCAUUGCUGCCUUCUAAUGGAACUUGUGAAGUCAUGUCUGGGGACAUUCAACAUAGGGGGUACAGCUGUCUGGGAGCAUUGCUGCUAGGCAACAGCAAUUGUGAUGCCACAAGAUUGCUUGUCCUCAUAACAUUUCCCUUUUUUCAGUGGAUCAAGAGACAGUGAAGGAUCUGGAUGAACACUCGCCAUGGCUCCUUUUGUUUCCAUAUAUGGCCAUCCAUUUCUGAAAAAAAAAUCACUGUACUCUCAUGAGUUUGAAGGUUUAAGAAUAAUUCAACUUAUGCUGCUACCCUGAAGAAGCAGAGUUCAUAUGGUCUAAUCAUGAUUUGAAGGCAGCAGUAAUUUAAAUGUAAAAUAAGUGUAACUGCGUGUGACGCAUGUUUGUAUAUUUUAAAUGCCAGAAGU